AUCCCCCCCACCCCCACAAAAAAAAACCUCUAUCAUGAAUGAUAUUGGCCGCGAAAGCCUCCUACGUCUUAAACUAACGAAUAAUUUGUUGAGCGUGUGAAUGAAGCAGCGUCUGAAGACUGGGGCAGGACAACUCUCCAAACUCUUUUAACUGCACCCUACGCGCACAUUUACAACUCUGCAUUCACGGCAAUUGCCAUGAAAUAAAACCCCGGGCCGAGAUACAUUCGAAGCCGCCUAGGGUUCAGCCACCAACAACAAUAAUAAUAGCAGGAGCAGCGGGCAACGACAGGAGCCCGGCCGGUCGGAAAACCUUGUAGAUUUUCUUUUACACCAUUUCGAUAAUCACUUUACUUUGAGUCCUCAUGCCCUCGGCCUCUUACCUUCCUUUGAGCUUAUAAAUCGCUUUCUCGUGCGAUUUCCAGAGAGCGAGAGGUCCACGCGCGCGCGCACGCUGCAGUUCACGGCCCUGUGCCGUUGUAGCCACACACACGCGCACACAAACAAACGCGCCAACAACAACAACAAACAAACAACAACAAUAACAACAAAACCCCCGCGCGCACUCUCGCAAUGGAGCCGGCCGAGGCGAUCGGAAAAUCUAGGAUUUACUCCGCCUUGGCAAGGCGAAGCCGACCCAUCCAUCAAACGUCAGCGCCCGCAAGGGGGUUGCACCCCAUUGGAUGCGUGCAGACACGUGGAGCGGCGUUUUUGUGGCUGUCCGUGUCGAGCUUCGCUCGCGUUCACUCGGCGGCUCCGGGAGGGCCAGCGAGCGCGAGCCGUGGGGCUCAGGGAGGGGCACUUCGCGCAGACAGAUGGACAAUGCGGCCAUGAGUUUCCUGGAGUAUUCGUCAUUCUGCGGCGGCGGCGGCGGUGGCGGCGGCGGCGGCGAGGCGGGCGGCUUCACCCCUCGCUCGUUCGCUGCGGCAGCCGCGGGAGACCCAUGUCUCGCUCCCUUCCAGUCGUGCGCCGUGAGCGCUGCGGCGGGCGCGAGCGGCGUCGGCGAUGGGGAAGGGCGCUACCACAACCAUCACCACCACCACCAUCACCACCCUCAUCAUCAUCACCACCAUCAUCAACAGCAACAGCAGAAUGAGCAGCAGCAGCAGCAUCAGCAGCAGCAGCAGAGUGGCUACCAGCCGCACAACUUCACCUUCACUGGCUCGUACGCCCCCGCGACGAACUCGGGGUGCUAUUCGCCCGGCCAAGCCUAUGCGGGGGCGGCGAGUUACGGGGUCUACUGUUCGCAGGGGGCCGACUUCGGUGGCGGCGGCGGUGGCAGUGGCGUUGGUGGAGCCGUGAGCGGGUUGCAGGCGACGCACGGCUCGCUCGUCGGUGGUUACGGCGCCUCGGUGUUCCACCACGACUCGCUGCAGGCUUCAGACCUCGGCGAUCUUCAGCCGCUCGCCAGCUGCUGCCUGCAGCAAGCGGGCCCUGUGUCGCACACUCAGCAUCAUCAUCAGCAGCAGCAGCAUCAUCAGCAGCAGCAGCAACACGGGUCUCCGAAUGCGUCGGAGCCCACGCCGCCUUCGCACUGCACGUUCGAGUGGAUGCGAGUGAAGAGAAAUCCGCCGAAAACAGCGAGGAUCGGCGACAUGAGCUGCGCGCAGGUGGGCGCCCUCCCGUGCGGCUCGGGAGGAGCGGGAGGCGGCGGAGUCGGACUGAGCAUCGGCGGGGGCAACAACGGCCUCGCGAUGGGCGGAGGCAUCGCGACCCAGCGGACCAACUUCAGCACCAAGCAGCUGACGGAGCUGGAGAAGGAGUUCCACUUCAACAAGUACCUGACGCGCGCGCGCCGCGUCGAGAUCGCCGCCGCGCUGCAGCUCAACGAGACCCAGGUGAAGAUCUGGUUCCAGAACCGGCGCAUGAAGCAGAAGAAGCGAGAGAAGGAGGGCCACAGCCUGCAGACGCUCGCGUCUCCUAUCGCAUCCUCUGCAGCUGCUGCUGCUGCUGCUGCUACUGCUGCUGCUGGACCUUCAGUCUCGUCCGCGGCCUCCUCCGAGGGGUCCUCGCCGAGUCGCUCGCCGGCCUCAGAGCCACCGGCUGAGGACGCCUCGCCCUGACGGGUGGACGCGCUAGGGUGCAUGCUCCCUCAACUCCAUCCUCCCCAUGCACCGCCCCCUACCCUCUACCCACGAUGCUUCUACAGUCUACAUGAACCACCCUCCUCCCCCCCUCCUUCUGUACGGACAACCUGUACUCUCCACCUGGUCUGUGAGAGCGCCGCCGAGACGUUCACGGGCCAAGAGCGACCUCCCUAGAACUCGGCGUGAGGAGCGGGGAGGUUGGCGACGAUGUCGACCGCUUCGUGGGUGCACGCGCGACGGAUGACGCGCGCGUUUACAGUGACCGCGGCGCUACGAUGGACAGCACGCACGCGCAAUGUGCACGCGUGCAGUCAAAGGGCGAAUUACAGGGUAGUGUGCAAAUGAUAACAGGGUGUGGUGAUCGUUGACUUUUAACGAGAGCGACUAAAGUACGUGGGCAUUGCCGUCGAGAUAUUUAUAUUUAAACACUUUACCAAUAGGAUUGUUGGGACAAUUAAUCGGCUGCUUGUGGUCGCGGCUGUAGAGACCGCGCUCCGAUGUUUCAGGAAACGAGCCCGAAUAUCCAUCAAUUUAUAAUUGACUGAAAACAAGCAUUUUGUGUGUGUGUGUCUCUUUUUAAAUCCAGGUUAUCUCGUUGAAUUUACCUGUUAGUCAUCAUAUGAGUUCGCUGGAAUCAGCAAUUUGAAUCUUACAUGCGAGAAGAGGUCAAAACGUGUUUUUUUGGGAAUAAAGAUAUUGCUUAAAGUAUAGUCUCACAGAAGUGUAUCAAUGGUUGCAUUGACUGUAGCGUUUAAGUCGGGCCUGCUCGUGCUAAGCAGUUCACGAUGGAGAGAGGUGUAGAUGUACGUUGGACUUCUUCUGCACCGUACGUAGCCAACCGUGCUAAUCGAAAGUGUGGGGGGAAAGGACAAUAAACUAAACGCAAGGAGACCGAGUGGCUUGUGAGCAGUGCAGUCGUGUGCACGAUUUGUACAUAGACGAGUGCACAUAGCCUGGCACAAGCGCCGUGGUGGGUGACGUCAAGGACUCAUCCUUGGAGACAUCUCAGUGAGUACGCGUUCUAGAUAAUCACACUGGUGUUAGUAAACGACCACUUGUCAUAUGAAUAAUAAUAAUAUGCAUUGCUGCGUCAUUUCUUUUACCCACAAAAGCCUCACCGAGUCUCAAGACUAUGUUUCAGGAGGGGCCUCCAUUGGAAACGUUUGGCCACUGCCAUAUUCAUGAUUUUGUGUCUGCAUGUGUGCGUGGGAUCUUUAUAGAUGUGUGCACAUAACCUGGCACAGACGCUGUGGUGACGUCACCGUCACUUGGUGGCGAAUGGCGGUUGUUGAGUAUGGGAUCUUCUUUGCUAUGGGGAGCGGUGGUGUAGCGGUUAGCGCGCUGUGCUACGA